AUGGGUAAUUAUUGCAGUCAAAUUUGUAAUGAACCAGAAAUUUAAGUUCUUAAAUUAUCUGAUUUUGAAUCUACACCUAAGUCAGUGCGAUCUAGAAAAAGUCAACAUUAGAGAGGUUACUUCACUGAAAGUAAAGAACCAGUCCUUCAUCUAAAUAAUAAUACCGAAAAAGAAAGACGUCCUCCAUAUCGUUAUACAACAGGAGGAGUUUAUGAAGGAGAAUGGGUGGGGAAUAAAAGAGAAGGAAUAGGAAUUAUGACUUGGCCUGGUAAAUUUAAUUUAUAUUAACCUAUUACAAGAUGGUGCUAAGUAUGAAGGAGAGUGGAAAGAUAAUAGAGCUAAUGGUAAUGGUAAAUUCUGGCAUUUAGAUGGCGAUACUUGUAGGUUUAUUUUUAUUAUUUAUUAGAUGAAGGAGAAUGGAAAGAUGAUUAAACACAUGGAUAUGGCAUAUAUGUUCAUGUUAAUGGAGCUAAAUACGAAGGUUAUUGGAAAAAUGAUGUUCAGGAUGGAUAUGGUAUUGAAAUUUGGGCAGAUGGUAGUAAAUAUGAAGGAUUUUACAUUUUCGGUAAAAAGGAAGGUCAAGGCAAAUAUUAUUGGCCAGAUGGAAGUUAUUAUUCAGGAUCUUGGAAAGAAAAUAAUAUAAAUGGUCAUGGUACAUAUUCUUGGCAAGAUGGUCGUUAGGUAAUUAUAUUAAAAAUAAAAUGCAGUAUGUUGGAGAAUGGUAAGAUAACUGUAUGCAUGGUAAAGGAUUUUAUAAAUGGAAAGAUGGUAGAUCAUAUGAAGGUGAAUUUGUUUAAGAUAAAAGACAUGGAUUUGGAGUUUAUUAAUGGGAAGAUGGAAGGAAAUAUGAAGGAUUAUGGGAUAAUGGUAAAUAACAUGGGGAAGGAAAUUAUUAUGAGUCAAAUGGGAAAAUGAGAAGAGGAUUAUGGGAGGAUGGAAAAAGAAUAAAAUGGUUAGAUGAGUGA